CCUCGUACGCCGCACGGCUUCAAAUAAGACUUACUCCCACCGCCAUCCAGCCGCUGCCCAUCAUGGUCACGCACCGCGCCGUCGUGUACAAGGGCCCGCACAACGUUCAGAUUGAGGACGUGCCCAAGCCCACGAUCCAGCAUGCCUCCGAUGUCAUCGUCAAGAUCACCACCAGCUGCAUCUGCGGCUCGGACCUGCACAUGUACGAGGGCCGCACCGCUGCUGAGCCCGGUCUGUGCUUCGGGCACGAGAACCAGGGCAUUGUAGACGAGGUCGGCUCCGGCGUGACGCUGCUCAAGAAGGGCGACCGGGUGAACCUGCCGUUCAACAUCGGCUGCGGCGGCUGCCGUAACUGCCAGUCGGGCAAGACUGCGUUCUGUACCGAGGCCAACAAGGGCUUCGCUGGGGCCGCAUACGGCUACGUUGCUAUGGGACCCUACCCCGGCGGCCAGGCCGAGUACCUGCGUGUGCCCUACGCCGACUUCAACGCUCUCAUCCUACCGCCCGGCACCGAGCACGAGGCCGACUACGCCAUGCUGAGCGACAUCUUCCCCACGGGCUGGCAUGGCUGCAAGCUUGCGGGCCUGGUUCCUGGAGACACGGUCGCUGUGUUCGGAGCCGGCCCUGUCGGCCUCAUGGCUGCGUACUCGGCGAAGAUCAUGGGAGCGUCAAAGAUCUUCGUCGUCGACCGCGUGCCCGAGCGCCUGAAGCUCGCCGAGUCGAUCGGCUGCAUUCCCAUCGACUUCACCAAGUCCGACCCGGUGGACCAGAUCAUCGAGCAGGGCGGCAUGGUGGACCGCAGUGUCGAUUGCGUUGGCUACCAAGCCGUCACGUCGGACGGCAAGACGGAGGCGGCCAACACGGUCCUCACCUCGUGCAUCAAGGUCACGCGCGCGUGCGGCGGCAUCGGCUGCCCUGGCCUCUACGUACCCUCCGACCCCGGAGCGCCCGACUCGGAGUCGGCGCUCGGCAUGCUGAGCCUUCCCUUCGGCAAGCUUUUCGAGAAGGGCCUGUCCAUCGCCACUGGACAGUGCAACGUCAAGUCAUACAACCGUCAGCUCCGCGACCUGAUCACGUCUGGUGUGGCGAAGCCGUCGUUUGUCGUCUCGAACGAGCUCAACGGACUUGAAGGCGCGCCCGACGCCUACAAGAAGUUCGACCAGCGAAUCGAGGGCUACUCGAAGGUGCUGCUCCACCCCCACGCCAAGUAGGCAGCAGACGACGCACACGACACGCUCACACAAGCUGGCGCAAAGGCAGCUGCGAGCCCAAUGACCAUUGACAUGCACUCAGUAGUCAAGCAGUUGCGCGGCUGGUAGAUGCGACGCCGGGUCAGCAGAGAAGACCGACGGUCGAGCGCGGUACUCACUGCUGAUCUCGUAGAUCAUGCGCUGCCGGAAGUACGGAAUGUUCUUCCUGAGGCGCGGGCAGCACUGCGUCAGCGAGCACUCGACGACGUUGCAGGGGAUGCGGGACUCACUGCUCGAAGUUCCACCGCUCGUCGAUCAGCACAUCCUCCUCGCGCGGCGGCCCCCGCU